AUGAGGGAAUCGAAUCAAACCCCCAGAAAUUUGGUCUCUUCUUCAAAAUCUCUUCUUUACCACUACCAGUUACUGCCAAGGGUUGAUGUAAAUUUGAAGGCUGCACAUCUUUUGGGAGACUGGUGGAAGUGGGAUUUUGGAAGUACACUUGGCUACACCUUGCACUCUACGGUUUUGAGAUUUGAAUCUUUGAUGGAAUGCAACAAAGAAGAGGCCUUAAGGGCCAAGGACAUUGCUGAAAAGAAGAUGGAAAACAAGGAUUUCGCAGGGGCUCGUAAAUUUGCUCUUAAGGCUAAGCAGUUGUAUCCUGAUUUGGAUAAUAUAUCUCAAAUGCUCAUUGUUUGUGAUGUGCACUGCUCUGCAGAGAAGAUAGUGUUCGAAAAUGAGAAGGACUGGUAUGGAAUUCUUCAGCUAGAACACACAGCUGGUGUUGCAAUGAUUAAGAAGCAGUUCCGAAAGUUUGCUCUUCAGCUUCAUCCCGAUAAAAACAAGUUUUCUGGUGCUGAAUCUGCGUUUAAGCUGAUUGAGGAAGCUCAAAGAGUGCUUUCAGACACCAUAAGCCGAACUAGGUAUGACGUGAAGCUUAGGUUGAACAAAACUUUUAUGCCUCAUCAAAAUCAACAGAAGGCUCCUUCGAAUUUCAAUUCUGCAAUGAAAAACAAUGUCAGUCCCAACUUUACAAACUCAAACACCCAAAAGCAGCAGCAAAAUAAGCAGCCCGCGCAGCAGCAGCAAAAUAAGCAGCCCGCACAGCAGCAGCAGCAAAACGGCGUGCGCCGCACUUUUUGGACUGCCUGCCCAUUUUGCACCGUGAGGUAUCAGUACUAUAGAGAAGUUAUAAAUAAAUCUAUUCGCUGUCAACAAUGCCAUAGGCCCUUCGUUGCAUAUAUCGUGGACGGGCAAGGUUCGUCUCAAACAACUAACUCAAGUCAGCAAGCAUUUGGCCAGCAGAAAGAUGGUUUGAAUAAUGGUACUCGGAAGGAAAAUGUCGGAUCUCAAAGCAACUCGCAUACUGAGAAGUCCAAUACAAGGCCUUUCAACAAUAAAGACCCUGUUGAUGUCUCGGGAAAGCCAAGUGUGAAGAGAAAGUGGACUACACUGGAAGAACUCAAUCUAAGCUCUGAUUCUUCAAGCAGUAAUGAUUCUGAUUCCGACAGUGAAAUAUUUGCUGGUGUGAAUGGCUUUCCAGGUGUAAAAAACCAUUCAACUGGGAAGCCACACAGAUCUGUGCGACAGAAGCCUAAUGUUUCCUACAGUGAUAAUAUGAGUAACAAUGACUUAUUAAGACCUUCAAAAAAGGGUGGGGAGAAUGGAGCACCUCGUGUUAAUGGUCAAAGUCAUAACGAGGCCGCUAAAAUGAAUGAUCCGAAUGGUUCAGCAGCUGAUCCAAAAGAUGAACAUGAAAAGGUAAAGCAGAAACAAAAUUUUCAUUCAAAAGAGAGCUCACUGAAUAGAAAUGAGGGGAAAAAUUGGGCAAAUGGAAAAGAAUCUGUGGGUGGAUCAAAACAGAUGGGUGAAACUUCAGAGCAUUUUUCUCCAAAUUUGAUCUCUAAGGCAACAAAUUGUCCUAAUGCUUAUGUCUAUCUCAAUGCUGAGUUCAGGGAUUUUGACAAGGACAGAAAAAAAGAAUGUUUUGCGCCUGGGCAGAUUUGGGCUCUCUAUGAUACAACAGAUGGCAUGCCUAGAUUCUACGCUUUAAUCAGAGAAGUUCUCUCUCCUGGAUUUCAUUUGAAGGCAACAUGGCUUGAACCACAUCCAGAUGACCAUGAUGAAAUCAAGUGGGUAGAUAAGGAAUUACCUGUGGCUUGUGGGAAAUUUAAACUUGGUACCACUGAGAUCAUUAAAGAUCAUCUGAUGUUUUCUCAUCUAGCUCAGUGUGAUAAGAUUGGCCGCAAUACUUUUAAAGUCUAUCCUAGAAAGGGAGAAACAUGGGCUCUUUUUAAAAAUUGGGAUAUCAAAUGGUACAUGAAUGCGGAAUUUCGUAAGCAGUAUAGAUAUGAGUUUGUGGAAAUCUUGUCAGAUUAUGUCGAGGGUGAGGGUGUAUCUGUUGUGUACUUGGGGAAGUUGAAAGGUUUUGUAAGCCUCUUUCAAAUUAUGAAAGAUAACCGGCCAUUUCAAAUUCCAUCCCUGGAGUUAUUUAGAUUUUCUCACAGGAUUCCAUCUUUCAAAAUGACUGGUCAGGAAGGAGCAGGUGUUCAGUUAGGAUAUUUAGAAUUUGAUCCCGCAUCUAUACCAAUGAAUUUUGAAGAGCUUGCUGUUCCUCGAAAUUUGAAUGUGAAGAUUGAGCAUAGUUCACGUGGCAGUGAGAAUACAAAUUCUUCAAAAAAAUCAAAACCCUUGACGAGGCCGGAAGAAAUUGAAUCCACUCCCAAGGUUAAUAUUGAACCAAGCAAUCCGACAGAGAUGAAAGAUUCUCUUGAUGAUAUGGAUGACGACCAUGCUACAACUUCAACCCUUGAUGCUUUUGAAAUUCCAGAUGCUCAAUUCUUCAACUUUGAAACUUGGAGGUCCCUUGACAAGUUCAAGAUUGGUCAAAUAUGGGCAUUUUACAGCGAUGAAGAUGGAAUGCCAAAAUACUAUGGUGAGAUUAAAAAAAUUGAGACUAGCCCUGGUCUUGAGUUGCAUGUUAAUUGGCUUGCUUGCUCCCAGCUACCAGAGGGUACCACUAAAUGGAUAAAUGAAGACAUGCUUACUACCUGUGGCAAAUUUAGAAUCAUGAAAACAAAUGAUUUUUUCUCUAUUUACAAUAGCCUGUCUUGUGUUUCACAUCAAGUACAAGCCGAGGCUAUCGGUAAGAGUUACGCCAUCUAUCCAAGAAAAGGUGAAGUAUGGGCUGUAUAUAGCCAAUGGUCAAAUGAUUUCAAGUGUUCUGAUCUGAAAAAUUUGGAGUAUGACAUAGUGGAAGUUCUUGAAGAAGCUUUCAAACUGACACAAGAGCAUGGCAAUCUCAACGGCUUCUGGGAGCUUGAUCCAGGUGCGCUACCACCUUCAUUCCUGUGGCCUUAG